CGGGAGCCGGAGCGGAGCCCUGACCGCCUGUUUUUGGAAUGAUUUCAGCUAUCUCCAGCCCCUGGCUCACCCAGCUGUCCCAUUUUUGCGAUGUUGCAGCUUUCACGGCCAACAGCCUGAGCAGCCUGAACGCCUCCGGGGGGUACCACCUCUCCCCCUCCCCGGGGGACCCGUACGGACAGCAUGAGCCGCCGCACUACGAGCCCUGCACGGCUCAGCAGCACCCGCACCCGCCGCCCCAGCCCCAGCACGGCUACUCCUCCCCCCCAGCCCCAGCACGGCUCUCCUUCGGCGGGGCGGCAGCCGGGGCCAACCCGCCGCCCCCCGGCCCCGAGCCGCCCGAGGGCACCGGGGGAGCCGCCUCGGGACCGGCCGCCGUCUCGGGCUGCUCGGCGGGGGCUGCGGCUCCCGCCAAGGCGCCGGUGAAGAAGAACCCCAAGGUGGCCAACGUGAGCGUCCAGCUGGAGAUGAAGGCGCUGUGGGACGAGUUCAACCAGCUGGGCACCGAGAUGAUCGUCACCAAGGCCGGCAGGCGCAUGUUCCCCACCUUCCAGGUGAAGAUAUUCGGGAUGGACCCCAUGGCUGACUACAUGCUCCUCAUGGAUUUCGUUCCCGUGGACGACAAGCGAUACCGGUACGCCUUCCACAGCUCCUCCUGGCUGGUGGCCGGCAAAGCCGACCCCGCCACCCCCGGGCGGGUGCACUACCACCCCGACUCCCCGGCCAAAGGGGCGCAGUGGAUGAAGCAGAUCGUUUCCUUCGAUAAGCUCAAACUGACCAACAAUUUGCUGGAUGACAACGGGCAUAUCAUUUUGAACUCCAUGCACAGAUACCAGCCGCGUUUUCACGUGGUCUACGUGGACCCCCGGAAAGACAGCGAGAAAUACGCGGAGGAGAACUUCAAAACCUUCGUCUUCGAGGAGACGCGCUUCACGGCCGUGACCGCCUACCAGAACCACCGGAUCACGCAGCUGAAGAUCGCCAGCAACCCUUUUGCCAAGGGAUUCAGAGACUGCGACCCUGAGGACUGGCCCAGGAAUCACAGGCCGGGGGCCCUUCCUCUCAUGAGCGCUUUUGCCAGAUCCCGGAAUCCAGUCUCUUCCCCAGCCCACCAGAACGGGACAGAGAAAGUGCCAAAGACGAUGGUUGUCGGGAGGAAGCCUUUUGUAACACUUCAGCUGUCAUUGCCUUCUCUCCUGACUCCUCUCGGCCAGGUACAGGCUCGUCCUGCUCCUUUCUGGCACGGGAGAGUCCAGAGCCAACUCCAGCAGCUUAAGGUGGCUCCUCGCUCACAGCCUCCCUGCGAGCACGUCAGCUGAAGGCUGGAGUGAUAACUGUGCUUGUGUUACAAUUAUAAAAAGCUUUAAAUUUUUUUCAGAAAAACAACUUGUUAAUUUCCUUGAUGCAAUCAGACAACUGUAUUUGACAGUCUCUAGCAAUAUAGGCUGUCUUUCCUGUUGGAAAUCAUUCUACUUCGGGAAAGUCCUGGUCAGUUCCUUAAGCAAAUAAACUUGUAGGAGACUGUAAUUCAUAUUCAAACUAUGGCAUUUAGGCUCAACUCUAAAUCAAACUAAUGUAGUCUGGCUGCUCAUUUCAAGGAAACUAGAAUGUAGAAAAAAAUAAUCCCUUUACUGAGUGUUUAAAUAAAAUCAGUGAUGAUGUAAAGUGUUAAUUAAUUGUUGUAAUGUGCAAAAGUA